AUGGGAGCUUUCACAACUGUUCAGGUGGACGUCAUGAGAGAUGUGAAUGAACGAGAUGUUAUCAGGCUUGUCCUCACCCUGUUUUUGUUGUCUUCUUCCUCCUCCCCCUCCUCUUCCUCAGGUCUCGGUUACUCCUCCAUGGUGAUCGUCUUCUUCUGUAACACCUACUACAUCAUGGUGCUGGCCUGGGGCUUCUACUACCUGAUCAAGUCCUUCAACUCCACCCUCCCCUGGUCCACCUGCGACAACGAAUGGAACACGCCCAGCUGCAUCGAGAACUUCCGCCACCAGGACUGCGUCAACGGCAGCAUCGCCAACGCCACCGUUGUCGGCGGCAACAUGACCUGCGCCGAGCUGGCCAACGCCCAGUCGCCCAUCAUCGAGUUCUGGGAGAGAAAGGUGCUGAACAUCUCGUCCGGUCUGGGUGAAACUGGAGAGUUUAACUGGGAGCUGACGUUGUGUCUGAUGGCCGUCUGGGUGAUGGUUUACUUCUGUGUCUGGAAGGGAGUCAAAUCCACCGGAAAGAUUGUGUACUUCACAGCCACCUUCCCCUACGUGGUGCUCGUCAUCCUGCUGGUCCGAGGCGUCACGCUGCCCGGGGCCUACGACGGCAUCAUGUACUACAUCAAACCAGACUGGUCCAAGCUGGGGGAGGCGCAGGUGUGGAUCGAUGCCGGGACUCAGAUCUUCUUCUCCUACGCCAUCGGCCUCGGAGCUCUGACGGCUCUGGGCAGCUACAACCGCUUCAACAACGACUGCUACAAAGACGCCUUCGUCCUGGCGAUGAUCAACAGUGGGACCAGUUUCUUCGCUGGUUUCGUGGUCUUCUCCAUUCUGGGCUUCAUGGCCGCCGAGCAGGGAGUCGACAUCUCGCAGGUCGCCGAGUCAGGUGACCCAAGUUUCACAAGUUCAAAGGUUGUGCUGUCCCUUAAACACACAGGGGGGUUGAACAUUAAACGCAUGACCUCUGACCCCUGAAGCAGUGAGACUCGCUUCACUGCUGCUUGUUCAUCCACGUUAAACCAGCUUUACUGCAGUCUGUUAUGGAGGGACUGUGUGUGCGUUUGUGUGUCUGUGUGCGUGUGCCAACUGCAUGUUUAUAAAUAGCUUUCAUCACAUGGUGUGACAUCACAAACGUAUUCAGGUCUAUUCCUUAUUCACCAUGUUAGUGUGCUACUAUAAAUAUGAACAACGCAAACUGCGUGUGUGUCUGUGUGUGUGUGUGUGUGUACGUGUCGGUGUGUGUGUGUGUGUGU